GAAUAUAGACAGCAUGCUGCUUGGGACAGGCAUGAAGACGAAUCCCAAUCAGAACAAGCAGGAAGAUGGAGUAACCCUGGCUCCGGAGGACACGUUGCCUUUUUUGGAGUGCUACUGCUCAGGGCACUGUCCAGAAGACGCAGUUAAUAACACUUGCAAAACUAAUGGACAUUGCUUUGCCAUCAUUGAAGAAGAUGAAAAUGGAGAAACUAUGCUUGCUUCAGGCUGCAUGAAGUAUGAAGGUGCAGACUUCCAGUGCAAGGAUUCUCGGAAAGCGCAGCUACGGCGGACAAUUGAAUGCUGUCGGACAGAUCUCUGCAAUCGAGAUUUGCAACCCACAUUACCUCCGCCUAGUCCAGAUGGUCUUUUUGACGGCGGCAUUCGCUGGAUAGCUGUUCUAAUUUCUAUGGCAAUCUGCAUAAUAGUUAUGAUCAUCUUGUUUAGCUGUUUCUGCUACAGGCAUUAUUGUAAGUGGGUUGCAAAAAGACGGUGUUAUAAUCGUGAUCUGGAGCAAGAUGAAGCCUUUAUUCCCGUUGGGGAGUCCCUAAAGGAUCUUAUUGACCAGUCACAGAGCUCAGGCAGUGGUUCAGGUCUUCCUUUAUUGGUCCAGCGCACUAUUGCCAAACAAAUUCAGAUGGUGCGACAAGUUGGGAAAGGGCGAUACGGAGAAGUCUGGAUGGGGAAAUGGCGGGGUGAGAAAGUGGCAGUUAAAGUCUUUUUCACCACUGAGGAAGCCAGCUGGUUUCGAGAAACCGAGAUUUACCAGACAGUUCUCAUGCGCCAUGAAAAUAUACUUGGUUUUAUAGCGGCAGAUAUUAAAGGCACAGGAUCCUGGACCCAGCUGUACUUGAUUACAGAUUAUCACGAAAAUGGGUCUUUGUAUGAUUUCCUGAAGUGUACCACUCUUGACAACAGAGCUUUGCUCAGACUAGCGUACUCUGCUGCGUGUGGUCUGUGCCAUUUGCACACAGAGAUAUACGGAACGCAAGGCAAGCCCGCAAUCGCGCACAGAGAUCUGAAGAGUAAAAACAUCUUGAUAAAGAGAAAUGGGACUUGCUGCAUUGCUGAUUUGGGCCUGGCUGUCAAAUUUAACAGUGAUACAAAUGAAGUGGACGUCCCUUUAAAUACGAGAGUGGGAACAAAACGUUACAUGGCACCAGAAGUCCUUGAUGAGAGUCUCAAUAAAAAUCAUUUCCAGCCGUACAUCAUGGCUGACAUCUAUAGCUUUGGCUUGAUAAUCUGGGAAAUGGCCCGGCGUUGUGUCACAGGAGGUAUUGUUGAAGAGUACCAAUUACCAUAUUAUGAUAUGGUGCCAAACGAUCCUUCAUAUGAGGAUAUGAGAGAGGUGGUGUGCGUUAAGCGUCUGCGCCCAGUGGUAUCUAAUCGAUGGAAUGGUGAUGAGUGUUUAAGAGCAAUAUUGAAGUUAAUGUGCGAAUGCUGGGCCCACAAUCCCGCCUCGAGACUUACAGCUUUGAGGAUUAAGAAGACACUGGGCAAGAUGGUAGAAUCGCAAGAUGUCAAGAUUUGACAAAUAGUUGUUACUGACGAGUGAAGUUUGGACUUCUAGAGCUUUUCACUCAAGCAAGUAUAGGGUCUGGGGGGAAAGGGGGGGCAUCUGAGUUU